AUGCGGGCACUACCAUCACUGGCCACAGCAUUGAGCGCUGCUGGCAUAGCCCUCCUCUCCCGCAUCCCAGGAGCGUCCGCAGCGAAAGAUUAUUCCAGAAACUCCGCGAGCCCCAGCUACCGUGGCACGGACGUCUGUCCCGAACGAUGCCUGACCUCGGGCCCAAGCACCGGAAACUGGUCCGCACACCCGAGCCUCGACAAGAUCGCGAAAUGCCAAGAUACAAUGUUUUACUCCUUUUCACUGUACGACCCCGUUGACGAAGCUGGCUUGAACCACAGGGUCUACGCCUGCUCGUCCUCCGGCCCCGAUUUCAAUGUUCUUCCUGCCGAUCCGGCUGUCAGGACUGCCUCUGCCGCCGCGCAGUCCGUUGAUGUGAAGCUCGAGAUGGGCUGGUUCAAAGAGGGCUUUAGGCUCGCUAAAGCGGGGAUCCGGUCCAUUGUCAAGCAGCUGCGUGCGUAUGUCCAGGGUGGACACGGGAAUGCAGAUGGUAAACUGUUCAUGCUUUACGGAAAAAGCGGACUAGCUACUGUGGGACUUUAUAUCGGGCCGGGGCUGCUGAACCAGGGCCUCGCCCAGGAAGCAUUGAGGAUUUUCCAGGACAACCUGCUCAGUAUUAGUGUCGCAGCCCCUAGUAUGGUAAUUGGUGGAACCUUCGCGCCUCUCCAGGACGCCAUCAAGUCAUGGGCUAACGGGACCUGUCUGGAGUUUGCGGGGUCUACCACAUUCGCUGGAACAGUCGAACUCUCAGCUCCGUUGCAGCAGAAUCGCACCGCGGUGGCCGUUUCCCGGCACAGGCAUGGUCAGUCGCACCACCAGUCCAAUAGCGCAAGGGGCCGCCUCCAUCGUCGUGCCGAGUGCACCACAGUGCAGGCUGUGUUCGGCGACGACUGCGACUCCCUCGCCGCCAAGUGUGGGAUCUCCUACGCCGAGUUCGUCGAGAUCAAUGACAAGGAGGGCUUCUGCAUCAACCUCAAGCCAAAGCAGCACGCGUGCUGCGACGAAGAUGACCUUCCGGACUUCUCACCCAGCCCUAAUGAGGAUGGCUCCUGCUUUUCGUACCCCGUCACAGGCGACGAUAACUGUGAUAGUCUGGCAGCCGAGUAUAGCUUGACAAUAGAUAAGCUGAAGGAGUUUAAUAAGAACACCUGGGGCUUCAGCGGGUGUGAUCCACUCUUCGAGCAUAGUAUUAUAUGUUUAAGCAAGGGAACGCCUCCGUUCCCUGCACCUAUUGCCAAUGCUAUCUGUGGUCCGCAGAAAGCCGGCUCCGAGGCUCCAGCUAAUGUAUCAGAGGAUAUCUCUAUCUCCGAGAUGAAUCCGUGCCCGUUAAACGCGUGCUGCAAUAUCUGGGGACAGUGUGGUAUUACAAAGGAUUUCUGUGUCGAUACUAAUACUGGCGCGCCGGGGACAGCUGAGAAGGGCACCUACGGCUGCAUAUCGAACUGCGGGAUGGACAUUAAGCAGGGCAAUGGGAAUGGUGAGAUUAAGAUCGGGUACUACCAGGGCUACUGUCUGAGUCGGGACUGCUUAUACCAGGACCUGCUGUAG